UCUAUUCCCAACUUACCUGAUUUGCUGAAGAAAUAAAGUGUUUACCUCCUCGGCAUUGUAAUUAACAAUACUUCUCAUACACAACACUAGUUUCUUCAGGUAUGUGAUUACAACACUCAGCCUCAAACUUCUACCGUAAAACCAGUUCCAAUCAGUGAAAUCACUACACAAAUUAUGGGUUCUUUUUCGCUUUUCUCUUUUUCAAGAUUAUAGCAACUGCGCGAAGCCAUGAACGAUGAGAAAGCCGCCUCGCUUGAAUCUAUGAAGAACUCUACUCCAGUACUUGAAGGUGUCAAUGUUUUGGCUGUUGAUGGUGAUUCAGCAUGUCUUACUUUACUAUCAAGAAUGCUUUGUCAGUUGGGGUAUAAAGUUUUGACAGAAAAAAGAGCUUGUGAUGCAUUAUCCGUUGCUCAGAAGAAGGAAGACGAGCUUCAUCUUGUUCUGACCGAGGUUCACUUGCCUGACAUGGAUAAAUAUGAGCUCCUAGAAAAACUGAGAGCUGUUUCCAAAUUACCAGUUGUUAGUAAGUCCUCACUCUCAAAGACACCACUGUUUUCUUUUGCUAACAAGACGGUAUUAUAAACCACUCUAAUUUAUGGAAAAAGGGAUUAAUACACAUUAUCCGUAGCCAACUGGUGUACCCAACGUCUGUAACACCAU